AGCUUUAUUGAAGAAGUAGGUGUCUUAUUUAGAAACACGUGAAAAAUAUGAGCUAGAUGACCAAUGGGAUUUAUUCCUGGUGUUUUGUUUCCGGGUUUAUUUUAAUUGUAAGCAUUACUACUACCUCCUGGAUGAACAAUCAAGUUGCCAAUGUCAAAUAUUAUAUUUUAUGAGUCCGUAUGGCUCUCUGCACUCUAAAGAAAACCGCAUCACACUUUUUGUUGACUUUCUGUUAUUCAGUGCAUAGGGUAACAGGAAUUACUCACUCUGCUCCUUCAAGGAGAUAGCCAAAUAACAGACUAGCUGCCACAGACUGCACAGGCAAAAGAUCCCAAUGCUAUUUUCAAGGAUAGAUGUUGUUUCCACAGGUCAAACGCUGGGGAAACCAUGGCCUGGUCUGAGUCUGUGGAUACAAUACUAGCUAAUAAAGAUGGCUUGGCAGCUUUUAGGACAUUUUUAAAGUCAGAGUUCAGUGAGGAGAAUGUGGAGUUCUGGCUCGCCUGUGAGGACUUCAAGAAAACCAAGUCCUCGGCUAAGAUCGCCUCAAAAGCCCAAAAGAUUUAUUCUGACUUUAUACAAGCUGAUGCUCCAAAGGAGAUUAAUAUUGACUUCCAAACUAAAACCCACAUUUCUCAGAACAUCUCUGAACCCACUCUCAGCUGCUUUGAUGAUGCUCAGAGGUUAGUCUAUAGUCUCAUGGCAAAGGACUCUUUUCCCAGGUUUCUAAGGUCAGAUGUUUACAAGGAAUUGGUAAAGAAGCAACAGAAUGGAAAUCAGAAGAGAUGGUUCCCAUUUUUGUGAGAAAAUGCCCAAGGGAUUAUGAAUUUGUAAAUGUCUCCCAUUGCAAGUCAGUACAGUUAAUAUUUUAUUAAACUGAUUGUACAAACCAGAUCUAAAUUGCCUUUGCCAGGUUGUUUUCAGGUACAGUAGGCACAUGAUAUUUUCUAAUAACAGUGGAGACAUAGUCAAGAAACAUGGAAUAUGCCAAGACAUUUGAGCUUCCUUUUUAGUAAAGAAGUUUGCCAUAGAUAGUUUUGCCAGUUCUUGCUUUAUCUGUCAAAGUGUUUUCACAUUAAGCAGAAUGUUUUGGGUUUUCUGAUUUGUUACUGAGUUUUCUGUAGAAGUAUGGCCUCAAAAAUAAAUUUCAGGGGACUUGGAUACAUUUACUCAUUCAUUCAUCAUCUCAUUUGUAAUAUG